UCCAAUGGAAAACCGAUUCAAGCUCAAGCUUUCUAACAUGUUUCGCUCCUCAUUUGGCUCCUGCCGAUCCCGAAACUUAUCGGAUGUGAUCGAAAAAGCAGUGUUCUUGCCUGAAAACCAGCAAGAGUUGUCCACCAUUGAGCCUCCUAAGCAGGUGGCUCGACCCUUCCCCUCCAUUUGCAGACCCAAAUGCUCAGACCCCAAUCAACCCAUCAUCAACAAUCACUGUGUCAUCUCUACCAAAGAUGUCAUGCUCCCAAGACGCAAAAUUUUUGAACGUUGUUCACCUUUUGUUAAGCCCUUUAACCCCGAUGGCCAAACAUGCCCUCCAGCCUCACCUUUCGCAGCUUUGAACCCUUUCUACGACCUCCAUGAUAAGAGCUUCAGACAGAGAAAAAAUAGAGAUAAGAAAAAGAAGAAAAAGAACAAGAAGAAGAAGCCGAGCAGCGAGUUUUUCCCCUUCAGCUCUUCUUCUUUUGAUAGUAAUAACUACAAGGGGUGGUGGUCGAGCAGCGAUGACGAUGAGAGAGAGGACGAGACAGAUACUCUGUUUUCUUCAAAAAGCCACUCUUCUGAUUCAUCUGGAUCUCGAUUACGACGUCGUCCUCGGCGAAACGGACACAGUGCUAGCCGGAGAAGAGCGAGCUCUGAAGUGGGUCUGCUUCCGAUACAAGGAAAAGUGAAGGAUAGCUUUGCGGUGGUGAAGAAGUCGAGCGAUCCGUACAAUGACUUCAGGACAUCAAUGGUGGAAAUGAUCGUUGAGAAGCAGAUAUUUUCAGCCAAGGAUCUCGAGCAGCUUUUGCAGUGUUUUCUGUCACUGAAUUCGUCUCUUCAUCAUAGAGUUAUUCUUGAGGUUUUCACUGAGAUUUGGGAAGCUCUGUUCUCUAACUGGGGAUCUUGA